GGUCCCAAACCGCUUUAGUUAGACAGCAGAGUUACCCAAGAAGAGCUGGAAACACCUGAUGGUCUCUGUGGGACAAUCCGCUCCAUAUCAAUCCCCUCUUUACUGUCGGAAGAUAAAUCUACCUCCAGGCUUCAUUUUUGUCGAGUGUUUUUUUUUGUUCUCUCUUCUGAAAAAGUACCAGAGCCUGCUGAGCUCCCUUCUCUCCCUUCAUCCAAAGAAAUAUUGAUAAGGAGAAAUUGCACUACUUUUUUUUUUUGUAACUAUUUAUUGUACUUUGCACUAACGAUGCACACCACGCAGAAGGACACCACCUAUACGAAGAUUUUUGUCGGGGGUCUUCCCUACCACACCACGGAUUCAAGUCUCAGGAAAUAUUUUGAGGUGUUUGGAGAGAUUGAAGAAGCGGUGGUCAUUACUGACAGGCAGACCGGAAAGUCGAGGGGUUAUGGAUUCGUGACGAUGGCAGACCGAUCGGCUGCUGACCGGGCCUGCAAGGACCCCAACCCAAUCAUUGAUGGCAGGAAAGCAAACGUCAACCUGGCCUACCUGGGGGCAAAGCCUCGUGUGAUGCAACCAGGUUUUACUUUUGGUGUUCCCCAAAUCCACCCUGCGUUCAUCCAAAGGCCUUAUGGCAUCCCAGCGCACUACGUAUACCCUCAGGCCUUUGUUCAGCCUAGUGUGGUCAUCCCUCAUGUGCAACCUGCAGCCGCUGCACCCACAACUGCCUCUUCCCCCUACAUCGACUACACUGGAGCUGCCUACGCACAGUAUUCUGCAGCUGCAGCGAGUGCUGCAGCAGCGGCUGCAUACGAGCAGUAUCCAUACGCUGCAUCCCCUGCCGCCGCAGGCUAUGUGGCCACUGCAGGCUAUGGUUACGCAGUCCAGCAGCCUUUAGCCACUGCAGCACCUGGCACAGCUGCCGCUGCAGCCGCUGCCUUCGGUCAGUACCAGCCUCAGCAGCUGCAAGCUGACCGCAUGCAAUAGCAGCCACUGCAACCAAUGGACAUGCAAAGCUAGGAGGCCCUAGCCUGGCCACAGCUGUUUGGUAGAAGGAGCAGCGAAGGAAAAGGAAGAAGGAGUGGCCUUAAGGGUGGGUGUGUCAGCUACUCAGAGGCAAAGUUGCUUUAAUGAUGAUGAUGAUGAUAAUGAUGGUGGUGGUAGUGAUAAUGAUGGUGAGGUGGAAACUUUUUACAGUAACUUUCCAACUUGCUGUGCUUCAACCAAAAAAACAAGAAAAAGAAAAAAAGUUGCAGAACAAAUAAUGGAAAGAGAUUUACUAUUAUUAUUGUUGUUGUUGUUACAAUAAUUAUUAUUAUCAUUACUAUUAUCAUUGUAGUAGAAAACUUAUUUCUAAAGAAAAUGCAGGAACUAAUCCCUGUGGUUGGUGUAGGUGUUGAACUAAGCCCUUAAGUCCUAUUGCUGUCUUAAUGUUAGUUAAGGAAACUGUUCUCUUUUUUUCACUUGUGGUCUACCACAAGUUUUUUUUGUGGUUAUUUAAAGCCCUCAUAACAUUUAUAUUUAUUAUGAUUAUUGUUACAAAUUGGGGGAUUUUCUUGUCAUUUUUUGUCUUUUCAAGUGCAUAUUUUCGAGAUUUUUUUCUGAUAAUCAGGGAAAUGGAACUGUUUCCAAAGUGUUAGCUAUUAAAAUGUGACCUCUGUCAGGAAGUCGAGGAGUCCUAACUCAUCGUGUCACAUAUUUGAAGAACUACCUUUUUAUCUUCCUGAUGCUGAAUGUCCCUUUUUUACUCUGUGUCCCGACCUCUUGACCGAUGCAAAACAAGCAAAUCACAAGGAGACAAAACAACAAGGAAAAUACAAAAAAAAUGAAAAUGUCAUCAACUCUGACUCUAUUCUUGGACUAAAAGGGGGACUUGACAAACAAAACAAACACACUAACAAAAGGAAAGAGACAACGGCCUCAGACAAUGAGAAACACAAAAUCAGUUGCUUUUACUCAUGUUUCACACGUACACCGACAAAUGCAUCCAGAGUUGCAUACAUUGCUGUUAAAGACAAAGGCAGCACAGUUGUGUUUCUUUGUGGCCCUGCGAUGGAGAGAAAGAAAAUGAGACAGAAAGAAAGGGGGAGAGAACAGCUGCUGCUGGGGGUGGACAGAGCUGCUCUAGUGCCAUACAGACAGAUCACUCUGGAAAGAACACAUCACUUGUGCUCGUUUGUCGAGCUGUCACAUUUUAAUCCCUGGCCUGGCCCAUUUGGGAACCAACUUCACAACCCUCCACCCGGCACAGAGCCCCACAGCAGAACCCCCACCCCACCAAUUCAGCCCUGCAGCUGUCAGCACUUCCAACUCUGUGCGGCUGUAGUCUGGUGUCAGGUAUACACUCAUAAACACACACACUUUUACCAAAGUCACCAAACAACUGGCCUGCCUCAUAUCUGUCAAGAACACCAGGUGAGGUGGAGAGGACGGGGGAUGGACUCUUUGACGUUAUGUUGGUCUGUGUGCCUUACAUUUUUACUGCUAUUUAAGAGAGAGAGAAAAAAAAGAAAAAAAAGAAAGAAAUCUACUAUUUAAGAUAUUUAUUUUUGAGGGUUGACUAUGUUGACGCUCUGAGAAUAGAGACUUAGUGGUGGUACUGUAUUAAUAAUAUUAUUAUGUACUCAUCUCAAGGCAUAUAUAAGUUAUUGAUUAGUUUUAGAAAUAAUAUUAUUAUAAUCAUAAUUAUUAUUAUUAACAUACUCAACCAAAAUGUUGAUGUAGGACUUAUUUAAGAUACUGUUACGUGCACUGUACUUUUAUUUUUUAUCUUUUUGAUUCUGUAGAACAUGACAUUGAAUUUUAGCUCGAUGCCUUUAUGCCUUUUUGUAGGGAAGAAACUUUAUUUAAAUGCAGGCCUGUUUGCAUGCAGAUUGUACUCUGCCUCUUCUGUGUUUAGAUGAGAGAAAAUCACAAUAAGUUUUCAGAAAAUAAGCAAAAAUGCUGCUUUCUCCACUAGAAUGUAUAGUUGUUGUCGAGGUUUCAGUAGCUGUGCUCCUUUUGCUUAAUAUUCAUCAGAUGGGCUAUUUUACACUGUUGGGAAUUUUUAUACUUGAAUUAUUUCUUACAAGGGAAAUAUGCAAAAUAAAUGACAAAAAAAACUUUAAGGAAGCAUUUCAUUGUCACUGGAUGAAGGCAUGUAAAGUGUUACUAUUAAAAUGCAAAGGUCCUGUUGAUAUUGAAACCUUAACUUUCAACACCAUUUACUCUAAAUUGAAAUAAAAUAUUAUACAUAAA